CUCUGAGUAGAGGCUGAAGAUGGCGGCGCCCAGCCAGAGGCUGGAGACGUGUCUGAAGGUGCUAGGUGCCGCCGCGGCCCAGCCGGAGCGCUUCCUCAGUGUGCAAGAUGGACUGGCUGCAGACUUCAGUUCAUUGACAAAGACUCUUUAUGAUUUGCAUAAAGCACAGGGGACAAAACUAGUGCGUGGGAGUCGUUUAAAAAAACUGGUAAUAGAAAACUUUGAUGAAGAACAGAUCUGGCAACAAAUAGAGCUACAGAAUAAUGCAGUUCUAGACUACUUCAAGAAAGCUGUUGCUAGAGAUGUUAAAGACAAAGAUCUCUACCUUUUCCCAGCCCGAGAAGGGGAUGACUUUGAGGCAGACACUAGCAGUGAUAAGCAAAUGGAACAAGAAGAUAGCAUGGAAGCAGAACCUGCCUGUAUUGAAGAUGAAAGUGAGGCUAAAGAAAAGCAAAGUAAAUCCAAAGCAAGGAAAAGGCAGCUAUGUAGUGAUGAGGAUUCAGAUGUUGACUUCAAUGUUGAUGAGCUAGAGCAACAGAUUCAAAAGUUGAAGAAGACUGCCUGGAAAAAAUCAAGAGAAAAGUCCAUAGUGGAUGAUAAAUUUUUCAGCUUAGCUGAGAUGGAAGCCUUUUUGGAAGAUGUAGAAAAAGAAGAAAGCAAGAAAGAGGAGGAGGAGGAUGAGGAGGAUGAGGAUGAGAUUGAUUAUUUUGAAGAUAUUCUUUCUGAUGAGGAUGAAGAAGAAUCUGAAAAAGAUAAAAUCGAGUCAGUUAAAAGUUCUAGAAAUUUGAAAUAUAAAGAUUUCUUUGACCCUAUUGAUGACAAUGAUGACCUAUCUAAUGAUAAUAAAAAUGAUCAGAAUGAUGAAGUUGACAAGGAAGAGGAGGCUGAAGAAGGCAUAUUUGAUGAGUUUGAGGAAAAUAAUGAAAUAGACAUAAUGGAGAAGAAUGAGAAAGCUAAAGAAGUCUCUAAAAAAGUUACUUUUAACUUACCAGAGGACACUGAAAAAGAAAACGAUACAGCUAUACCAGAUGAGAAGAGAACUGAUCCCACUGGAAUAAAAUCUUCUUUUGAGAAAAGGCAGGAAAAGAUGCAUGAAAAAAUUAAAUCUCUAGAAAAGAAGUUGUUGGAGGAAAAACCUUGGCAGCUUACAGGAGAAGUGACUGGACAAAAACGACCUGAAAACAGCCUUUUGGAGGAAUCUUUGCUGUUUGAUCAUGCAGUCAGAAUGGCUCCUGUGAUCACAGAGGAAACCACCUUUCAGCUUGAAGAUAUUAUCAAACAGAGGAUAAAAGAUAAGGCUUGGGAUGAUGUAAUACGUAAAGAAAAACCCAAAGAGGAUGCCUUUGAAUACAAGAAGCGUCUAACUCUGGAUCAUGAAAAGAGCAAAUUGAGUCUUGCUGAAAUCUAUGAGCAGGAGUAUUUGACACACAACCAACAAAAAACUGAAGAGGAAGAAAAUCCUGAACAUGUAGAAAUUCAGAAAAUGAUGGAUUCACUCUUCCUAAAAUUGGAUGCUCUUUCCAGCUUCCACUUCACACCUAAACCACCCGUGCCAGAAGUUAAAAUCGUCUCAAAUCUUCCAGCUAUAAUUAUGGAAGAAGUCGCACCAGUUAGCAUUAGUGAUGCAGCUCUCCUGGCUCCAGAGGAGAUUAAGGAAAAGAGUAAAGCUGGAGAUGUGAAAACAGAUGCAGAAAAGACUACAACAGACAAAAAACGAGAACGAAGAAAGAAGAAGCUUCACAGACGUAUGAAGCUAAGGGAGAAGAAGAAGCGUCAAAAACUCCUGGAAAAAACAAAGCUAGAACAAGGCACGAAACUCAGCAAACAAGCUGUUGCAGUAAAAGUAAAAAAGCUCAUCAAAGAAGGCAAAACAACUUUGCUCAAGGAUGAAGGUAAAGACAGGGCUUUGAAAUCAUCUCGAGCAUUCUUUUCUCAAUUACAAGAUCAAGUGAAAAUGCAAAUCAAAGGUGCCAAGAAAAUACAUAAGAAACAGCAAGAAAUUUCUGCUCAGAAACUUAAAUUAUAAUACAUUUUAUACAUGCUGUACUUUGUAUAAAUUAAAGUAAAUGUUUCUAAUAUAACAUUGCACUUUGAAUAGUAGCUUUUAUUUUAUAUAGUGCUCGAAAAUCUUCUGUAAGUUGAAGUUCAGUUGAGUGUCUUUCCUGCUGCAAGUGAUGAAAAUGUGCUAGACUGUUCAUGCUCUUUCUUUUGGCCUUCUACUUACUUUUUUUUCUGCUAGGAAUUGAGUCUUUCUUCUUCCUCUAAAAUGAGUGGGCAAACUUUUGGCCACAUCUGGGUGGGGAAAUUGCAUGCAGGGCCUGGGCAGGGAGUUGGCGUGUGGGAGGGGGUGCAGGGUGUAUGAGGGGGCUCAGGGCAGGGGGUUGAGGUGCAGGAUGGGUGUGGGGUCCAGCAGGGGGCUCAGGGCAAGGAGUUGGGGUGCAGGAGGGGUUUUGGCUCCGGCCCCUGGCCCAGUGCUGCUUACCUGGAGUGGCUCCGUGGCCACCGCGCUGCUCCUGGAAGCAGCUGGCACCACGUCCCUGCAGCCCCUGGAGGAGGGGGGACAGAGGGCUCUGUGUGCUGCCCUUGCCUGUGGGUACCUCCCCUGAAGCUCCCAUUGGCCGUGGUUCCCCACUCCUGGCCAAUGGGAGCUGUGGAAGGCGGUGCCUGGAGGUGAGGGCAGUGCGCGGAGCCCUCUUCCCCCCUAAACCUGUUGCUGCAGGGGCAUGGUGUUGGCCGCUUUUGGGAGCGGUGCGGGGCCCACAGGUGCCACAGGGGUGGCAAUCCCGUGGGCCGGAUCCAAACCCCUGAGGGGCCGGAUCCGGCGCGCGGACUGUAGUUUGCCCCCCCUUCUCUAAAACAAAAGUCUCACAGUAGGCAGAUAAAUAAUUACAAUAUAUCUGUGAAAAUUCAGUAUUUGUAUAUACAAUAGAAACGCAGUUACGAAGACGUCUGGAAUGGAGGUUGUUCGUAACUAUGAACAAAAGGUUGUGGUGGUUCUAUCAAAAGUUACAACUGAACACUGACUUAAUACAGCUUUAAACUUCACUAUGCAGAAGAAAAUUGCUGCUUUUAAUCACAAUUUAAAUAAAAUAAGCUCAGAAACA